UCUUUGCAGAAUAUGUGUGUAACUGCUCUGCAGUCGGAAGCCUGGAUGCGAAUCACUGCAACCAGACCACAGGGCAGUGUGAGUGUCAACCAGGCUACCAGGGUCUUCACUGUGAAACCUGCAUGGAGGGUUUUUACCUGAAUGGUACUUCCGGACCCUGUCUGCCCUGUGGCUGUAAUCCACGUGGAGCUCUCAGCAUAGUCUGCAACAGCUCUGGGAAAUGUCAGUGCAAAGUGGGUGUCACCGGUUCUUCAUGUGAUAGAUGCCACGAUGGAUAUUACGACUUUAGUAAGAAUGGCUGCUUGCCCUGCCAGUGCAAUAAUCGGUCUGCCACUUGUGAUGCCCUCACAGGUGCUUGUUUAAAUUGCCAGGAUAACAGCAAAGGAGAUCACUGUGAAGAAUGCACAGAAGGAUUUUAUCAGAGUCCUGAUGCCUCCAAAGAAUGUCUUCGCUGCCCUUGUUCAGCAGUGACAUCUACAGGCAGUUGUAUCAUAAAGCUGGGUGAAUCGGAACCUGAAUGUGUCCAGUGUAAAGAUGGUUACACAGGCCAGAACUGCAAUGAAUGUAACAGUGGCUACUACAAUUCUGACAGCAUCUGUGUGGAGUGCCAAUGCCAUGGCCACGUGGACCCAGUUAAGACUCCAAAGAUUUGUAAGCCCGAGAGUGGGGAGUGCAUCAGCUGCCUCCACAAUACCACUGGGUUUUGGUGUGAAAACUGCCUAGAGGGUUACGACCGAGACCUCGAGGGAAAUUGCAUCAAGAAAGAAGUUAUUGUUCCAACACCUGAAGGUUCUACCAUUUUGGUUUCCAAUGCCUCUUUGACCACAUCAGUGCCCACCCCUGUUAUAAACAGUACCUUUACCCCUACGACCCCGCAAACUGUCUUUUCAGUAAGCUCUGCUGAAAACAGCACUUCAGCCUUAGCUGACGUAUCAUGGACCCAGUUUAACAUCAUCAUUUUGACAGUCAUCAUCAUUGUGGUGGUGCUGCUCAUGGGGUUUGUGGGGGCUGUAUAUAUGUACCGGGAGUACCAAAACCGGAAACUCAACGCCCCUUUCUGGACCAUUGAGCUGAAAGAAGACAAUAUCAGUUUCAGCAGCUACCACGACAGCAUUCCCAAUGCAGAUGUGUCAGGAUUGUUGGAAGAUGAUGGCAACGAAGUGGCUCCCAACGGGCAGCUGACCCUGACGACACCCAUGCAUAACUACAAAGCCUGAGGGGGAGCCAGAGCUGUCCUCUGGAUCUUAGGGCCACGGUGCUCCCUAAGGCAGCGUCGUUCUCUGGGCCACAGCCCGGGGAGAGCCGCUGAGAUGAGAAAGCAAAGGCAGGUAGUGCCUCGCAAGUUUUCAGGUACAGAUUUGUAAUGUGCUCAGCCUGUUCCCCUUAGUUUUCCCGUGAAGAUCCGAAGCAGUCACCGACAAUAAGGACUUGAAGCAAAGUCUAUUUUUGUACCAAAUCACGUGGGAGGGUAGAAGACUGAGCCUCUCAGAGCAGCCCCAAUCCACUUUGACCUCCAGAUAGACUCCUGGGGGGAUGUUCACCAUCAGUGGAGACAGGAUGAUGGAUGCGGAGGGGGAACAGGACUGCCAGAAGACUUUAUCUCCAUUCCUGAUAAAGGAAGGCCAGGGAAGGAUAUUCAUUUCACUGGACUAAAAGACAUCUUAGAGGAAAAGCUGAUAUUUGGGCUGCGUCAUGAUACACGACCUUGAUUGUUUCUAUAACAGGGGCAGCAAAGUCCCAAGAAGGUCUUUAGAAGGGUUUGAUUUUUCUUUCCAGAGUUUUUGCUCAGUGAUAAGAUUAAAGCACAGGAUAAGCUUCUAAUGGUAGAGAGAGGAAGGCAAUGUCUGGGAAAGCAGAAAGCUAAUGAUUCUCCUUAGGGCCUCAGUGUAAAUGAUAAAUUGUUUAAAAAUAAGGAAUAUUCCUGCCUCUAGAGAAAUAAGGUGUAUAUAGUUAAUCUAGAAUAUCUGGUCAGCAUUGUAUUUGUAUCUAUUUGUAAAAAAAAAAAUCAUGUCUUAUUUUAUCAUCUAGAAUUUAUUUGUAUAGCAGUUAAUGGCAUUGUAAAAAGAAAAUAUGGGGUUAAAAUACUGUAAAAUAGAUGGCAAUAUUGCUAGAGCUGGGACUCUGGUGAGCAUCAGUCAUUUUUAGUCCCUCUUUGGACAUUGUUGAAAUUUAUAAGAGGUUGGAUGUUUCUAAUUUUUCCCUUUUUCAGUCUAAAAGUAGAGUUCUAUGGUCUUUGACUUCCUAUAGAUUCAAGCAAUAGAUUUUGAAGACAAUGAUUGUUAAGCUGGGACACAAUGCUGGAUUCUCCAAACUACUCACCUGUUUAGACAUUAGCUUCUAUAUAUUUGACAUAGAUUAAAGUAGAACACAUGCUUGUUAAAAUUUGUUUUUAAAGUAAAAAUAGUCUUCCAAAGGAAGAAAUAUUUUAGCUCCAAAAGAAAAGCCAUCACAUCACUUGGGAUCCCCUGUGAAAUAUUUAUAUUCUUUUCCCACCCCCAAAUACUUCCUACAUUUGAAUGUAGCCUGUCACCCACAUGCCAUGGGGCAUGUACCAUCUCUCUGCAGUGCUGUAGUUCUUGUAUCUUCUUGUCCAGUUAGAGGGUAGCUCUGUAGUUGAAUGGGUAUUGUUAGUCAUUGCAUUUAGAUGCAGUUUUUUCUUCGAGGCCAUCUCUACCUUUGCUUUCCUCUAAUUAUGUGUAUUGACAGAUUGUAAAUUAAACUAAGCCAGGAAAAACAGCCAGAAGUCAAAUACAGAUAUUUAUUAGGAGGAAGAACAAACUGUCAAGUGGUUAGGGGAAAAAAAGCAAGAACUAGACCUAGGAAGCCCUGCCCAGUUGAUCACCCUGCCUGACUUCUCCAGAGAAAAGCCUGGAAUCCGGUCAUCCCUCUGCAGUUGCAGAUGAGCUCUGGAGGAUAUACAGGCAGGUAAUCUGCUUCCAGUAACUGGAGAGGCUCUGGAUAUCUGGCCACUGCUCAUGAAAGUAGGGAUUACAUUAAAAUCAGAUAAUGUUUCUGUAGCCCUUGACAGUUUGCAAGGCGUCUUUCUAUACGUGUGUCCUUGGUUCCUCACCAUAGGCCUCUGAGGAAGUGAUUGUUGUUCUCAGUUUAUGGGUGAGGUUAAAUGUCUCGUUCAAGGCUACACCAUAUAUCAUUUGGCUUGGAAUCAGGACUCCUAACUCAGAAGCACAUGUUUUUUUCAGUUGUAUGCUUGUGCAGAAAUGACCCAGCCGCAGACAUUGGAAGGCUGGGAGGAAGAAUCCUAUCUGUGAACGUUUCUGAUUUUUGUGAAUACAAGGUAUGAUCCAGGGCUAUAUAGCCACGAAGGGCUUUGCAGAAAGAGCACAGGAGGAUUAGUCUCUGAAGCCAGUGUUGGUGAUGAGAAAAUAAAAAUACCAGUCUGUGCUUCCUAAAAGGAAACAUCUUUCUAGGCAGGGAGAGAAAGCCCUACUUCCCGCAGCUGCCACGUGUGCGCAGAGAUAGUUCCGAGGAAGUGUGUCACGUGACACACGCCUUUCCCCAGGUUACCACGCCCUCAAAGCCAGGCGUUGGGGAUAGUGGGAAUUUUGUUCAACAGAAGUUAACACAAUAAAGAAAGAAAGAGUUUGUUGGGGUCUUAGAGCCAAAGCUGAACAGUCCAGAUUCUGGCUAUGUAGACAUUCCUUGAAACAGAUGCUAAAAGGAACUGGGAAAAUUGAAUCACAAAGAACGUUUACCUUUAAAUAUUUAUGAACAGGGCCUAGGUCAUGUUCUCAAUUUAUCCUGGUGGAAAAAAAUUAAGGUCUUAAAAUUACUUUAAAUAAUAUUCUUUAGUGUUCUGUGCUUCUGCUGGUGGAGGUAAUUUUGCUCUGAAGUAGAAAUCCAUCAUGAAGUGAUCUACCACCAAAAUCAGACUAGGAACCUGGCAUGGAAUGCGUUACACAGCAGUCAUUCCUCUAAAAGCAUGAUCCCCACGUACUGUGGUGUUUAGCACCAGGAUCCCAUACGUCCUUUAGAAAGACUAAUAGGGUCUAAGAAUUAGGAAUGUGUUUAUUUUCAAAUGAGGUAAGACUAGUGUGAAUCUAAUUGAUGAGUGACAGAUACUGCUGCUGGAUGCUAGCUUAAUCUUCACUAAUUCAUUGUAGUAAGCCCUCAUGCAUUUCUGACAGUCAGAUGUCCUGGGUAGUGCUGUGAAGUGUGUCUGUCCUUUACUUUCCCCUCCCUACCUCCGUCCUCUAGCUCCCAGAGCUGUCUUACUAAUAGAAUUUCUCUAGUUACAGAGAACAAUGCUGAUAAAAACUAAACCUCAUUUAUACUAAGGUCCUGUGGACUUAAUGUGUUACUCUUAGGGAUCCCUGGGUUUUAAGAGAGAACAGAGCCGACACGGGAUGGAGGAGGGGCUUGGUGGGGAGAGGAUUUGUGGCAGCAUCACAGUGUGUGUCUGCGCUCUAGCCCCAGUGUUCCCGGGAGACUGUGACGGUUAAAGCCGCACGCACUGACCGUCCAGCUCACUGUGGUCAGCUGAGUGCCUGGGGGACGUGCAGCCCUUCUUGUGCUCUUCUGGAGCCAGAGAGCGGAAGCGACAGUCCUUCCUGCUGACAGCCCUAGUUUGGACUGCGUUAUUAAAUCAUUCACUUUGGUCCUGUAUUUUUUUGUUGGAUAUACGGUCAACAUAGCACCUCUGAUUAUGAACAUUCCCUGGUUCUUAUAUUUUGAGGUAUGUGGGAAGGAGUUGAAUUUAUAGAUCACAAGGAAAGAAAGCUCCCACAAAAAUUUCCAAAAAGUAAAAAGCAACCCAAGGUAACCUGUUAGAGCAAAGGAAGCGUCUCUGGCCUCAUCGACGAAGAGCCUUUGGUCUGUUAUGAUCGUCUUGAUAGGAGUUUGGGAGCUGACACGGGUUUGGUGUGUGCAGGGCAGUGACAGGUUAGCGUUAAGUUUUCCCUUCCACUUUGGGCUAGCGACGAUGCCAGGGAAGCAGCCAGAAGAACACAGUGAUUCACCUGAAGAAAUCAAAUGAUACCACAUGAACUAAAAAGGCUAUGGAUCACAGAAGGUCAGUGGUCAAAGGAUGCUUUUUCAAAGGCCGUUGGGAACCUUUCUUAUCCUGCAUCCGCAGUAACUGCACCAGCAGCCCUAGAACGUGAGGCCAGGCCUGAGGUCUGAGCCAGCCUGAGAGCUGACUGAUGUAAAGCGGCAUCUUCAUGCUAGGCACAAGCACUCUGCGAUACGUUAAGUUUCCGCCCAAGCAACGAGUGUUUCUGAAACGUUAAAAUCGUAUUUAUGUCACUAAAAUUCUAACACACAUCUUAAAAACAUGUCUCAUACAUAUGCUGUACUAGGCUUCAUGAUGCAUUUCUAAAUUUGUGUAUGAUUUGAAUAUAAGAAAGAAUUUAUACAAGAGUGUUAUUUAAAAUUAUUAAAAAAUAAAUGUAUAUAAUUUGUACCUGU